AUGAUAAUUGAAUUAUUCCGUUUUUCACCUGUUGAUCCAAAAUACAAAGAUGACGAUCCGGAUUUUAAAAAGGUUUGCGAUUAUAAAGAACCUACAUAUAUGUGUGAAAAUAUUGCAGUAAGUGAUGUACGUGCUUUACGAGGAAAAAUUUUUGACACUAAUAAUAAAGUGGACCAAGAUACUAAAUUGUGCCAUUACAUGUCAGUAGUACCGAUUGAUAGAAAAAGGGCUAAAAGGGGCACAAUCCAGAAGUCGCAAUUUUUCAGUGCAUUAUUUUCUGCCCAAAAGAGUGUCCAUGAAAAAAAUUCAGGAACAGAAAAGUUUGAAAAAUUGUUAAAACCUAAGUUUUCGGAUCUAGAUUUAACAAUAGUGGACAAAGAUACCAAACGUGGCAUUCCAGAGAAGAAAAAAAAAUCUCUUCAGCAUUUGCUAAAUCAGCAAUUUGGUCUGAAUUGGAAAAAGUCAGAGGAUCUGCAAUGGUAUCGGACAUUACUUCAUGGAAAUACAUUACUUAAUGAAGAGGGGGAUUCCAUUGUUGAACCGGAAGGUAUAUGCGACUCUCUUGAAGAGGAAGUGGCUGUUCAUAUUUAG